ACAAUAAGGAGUUAAUAUAUUAUGUGCGCAUGGUGUAACACGUCCGGACGAAUUAGUAACACGUUAUAAACAUUUGAUGAUAUAAUUGCCAUAUUGCCUCAUAAUAUAAUAUCAAUCUAAUAACGAUUUUAUAAUUGUCAAACUGUUCACGGGAAACGUCAAACGGAUAAAAAUUGGAAUUUCGAGUCGGUAAUAGGUUUGAACAAAAUACAGCCAUUCGAUUGCAACUCGUGUCGAAAAGUGGUCAACUUCCAAACUGACUGAAUUAUCCAUCGCAUAAUAAUAUGAUCUCUACAGCCCCAAAAAGUCCUCAAAGUGAAUCUGCUGGGAAAGGACUCGGAGAUAACGAUAUGAUCAACGGGAUUAAUGUUAAACACGAAUCCGAUGAAAUGGAAGGUUAUUGCCUUGAAACGUCGAUACAAGAAACGAUACCUAUGAACGUGCAAGUUACAAACAACUUGGCUGACGAAAAAUGCGAUUUGUGUUUAGAAUUGUUUACAUCCAAAAAGCAACUGAAACAUCAUAUUACAACAUCACACAAUGGUAUUUCUAAGAUCGAUGAAAUUACAAUUAAAAAUGAAGUAGAUAAUUGUUUCGAAGACAACGAUAUGAUCAACGGGAUUAAUGUUAAAAAUGAAUCCGAUGAAGUGGUAGAUUAUUGCCUUGAAUCGUCGAUACAAGAUGAAGAAAUGAUACCUAUGAACGUGCAAGUUACAAACAACUUGGCUGACGAAAAAUGCGAUUUGUAUUUAGAAUCAUUUACAUCCAAAAAGCAAUUGAAACAUAUUACAACAUCGCACAAUGGUAUUCCUAAGAAUGAUGAAUGUUCAAUUGCAACAGAUGUGGAAAACAAAUUCAAGCUAGAGUGUUCUCAAUCUAAAUUCAAGAAGGUGUUGUUAAAUCCUGACAGGACACACUGCGGUGAAAAAACAAAGAGCAAAUAAAGUUACAAAGAAGAGGGGUAAUAGAAAUAGAAAGUAAG